AUGCGAACAAGUACGUCAGUUUUCCUGCGGAACAAGCAAAUUCUCGAAAAGGACAAGGAAAGGAAGCGAGCCGCAAAGAAGGCCCGGAAACCGAUCACCUUGGUUCCGGCGGAAUGGGUGACGUACUCGAAAACGCUGGUCUGCACGCAUGGCCAGCCCUACGAACCGAAGGGCAAGGGAAAGCGGCACCACAACAACGUUCGCGACACGAAGUGCAAGGCGAGAUUGAAUGUGCGUGUCGCUGCCACGUUCAGCGGAACUUGGCGUUUACGCGUGAACGCCACCGGCAAACACAAUCACGACUUGAACAAGCAUCUUUGGGAGAGCUACGCGGAGAACCGGACGGUGAAGGACCCGCAGUUGACGGAGGCUGUGGCAGUGCUGCAUAAGGCUGGGGCGAACACGCACGGCAUCUUGCAAUACCUGCGUGAACGUACAGGUAAAGUCUUAUCACUUUCUGACGUCCACAACAUGGUGCAGAGAUACAAACUGACCGAGCAAGCUGGUCUUACUGAUGCGCAACGCGCAUUUGCAGUGAUGGAAGAGUUUUGUCUGCAGCACGGUGGCAACUCUGCUCAAAUUCUUGUGGAUAGCGACUCCAACGUUGCUCGCGUCGCCACGUUCCAGUCCGCAAGAAUGAAGCGCUUGUUCAAAGCGUUUCCGGAGGUGAUUCUCGUUGAUGCCACGCACGACACGAACGUGAACCGCUACAAGCUGUUCAGCUUCGUAGUGCACGACGUGUUCGGAAAGGUACUGACGUAG